AGAAAGUUAAAAUGUGGCCUGAUUUGAAUAACCUCCUCUAAUUAGGGACCAGCUCCCUUUGUGACCUAUUACCUACCAUCCUCAUCCAACAAAUACUUGAGUGCCUACUUACUCUAUGUCAUGCAUCGUGAAAGGGCUGAGGAAUUAUACAUAAGACACACAUGACCCCAUUGUCAUUGGGGCAAAGGGAAGGAAGAUGCACAAACAAGAUUUUAGGUGGUGGUAAAAGCUCUGGAGAAUAUAAAAACCGACUGGGAUGAUACUUAGAUUCUUAGAUGGAAAUUCAAAGUGUUGCUCUUGGUGAAGCAGGCUGGGGCCAGCUCACACAGGGUGGGCAUCAUAGAGAGUCUGAGUUUUCUUCUGAACUCAGCAGGCAGCCACUAGAGAGUUUAAAGCAGAGAAAAUUAUCUUUAAGAGAUCACGUGGCCUCUGUGUGGAGAACAGAUUGGAAUACAGCAAUGGUAGAAGCGGGGAGAACAGGUGGAAGGCGGUUGCCAUAGAGUAGCUGGAAGAUGAUGGUGGCCUGGUCCGGGGUCGAGGUGGUUUACUGCUUCCAGUCAAUAUGCCGACUUUAGAUGCUCCCGAAGAGAGGCUGAGAAAAUUUAAGUACCGAGGCAAAGAUGCGUCUAUGAGGCGGCAACAGCGGAUGGCAGUCAGCCUGGAGCUCCGGAAGGCCAAGAAAGAUGAGCAGGCCUUAAAGAGAAGAAAUAUCACCAAUUUCUCCCCUGACCCAGCUUCUGGACAACUAACCAAAGGGGUCAGCCUCACCCUGCAAGAAAUAAUCAAUGGCGUGAAUGCCUCAGAUCCAGACCUAUGUUUCCAGGCCACCCAGGAAGCCAGGAAAAUGCUGUCCCAGGAAAGGAACCCUCCUCUAAAACUGAUUGUUGAAGCAGGGCUCAUUCCCAGGCUGGUGGAGUUCCUGAAGUUGUCACCUCACCCCUGCUUGCAGUUCGAGGCAGCUUGGGCUCUGACCAACAUUGCUUCCGGGACUUCAGAGCAGACUCAAGCCGUUGUGGAAGGUGGGGCCAUCCCACCUUUGGUUGAGCUCCUGUCUUCCCCCCACAUGACUGUGUGUGAACAGGCAGUGUGGGCUCUUGGUAAUAUAGCAGGUGAUGGCCCAGAAUUCAGAGACCUCGUUAUCUCGAGCAAUGCCAUUCCACAUCUGGUGGCCCUCGUUUCAUCAACCGUACCAAUCACGUUUCUGCGGAACAUCACGUGGACCUUGUCCAACUUGUGCCGAAACAAGAACCCUUACCCUUCUGUGAAAGCCGUGAAGCAGAUGUUGCCCGUCCUAUCCCACCUCCUGCAGCACCAAGACAGCGAGGUUCUCUCGGACACCUGCUGGGCCCUGUCCUACCUCACUGAUGGCUCCAAUGAGCGCAUCGGCCAAGUGGUCAACACAGGGGUCCUGCCCAGGCUGGUCCAGCUCAUGAGCAGCUCGGAGCUCAAUGUCUUGACCCCCUCCCUCCGCACCGUGGGGAACAUCGUCACGGGAACGGAUCACCAGACCCAGGUGGCCAUCGACGCGGGCAUGCUGCACGUGUUGCCCCAGCUCCUGAUGCACCCCAGGUCCUCCAUCCAGAAGGAAGCAGCUUGGGCCUUGAGCAACGUGGCUGCAGGGCCUCGCCAGCACAUCCAGCGGCUGAUAGCUUGCGGCAUGCUGCCUCCUUUGGUGGCUCUGCUGAAAAACGGAGAAUUUAAAGUCCAGAAAGAGGCCGUUUGGACCGUGGCUAACUUCACAACUGGAGGCACCAUAGACCAGUUGAUCCAGCUUGUCCACUCUGGCGUCCUGGAGCCACUGGUGAAUCUGCUUACCAUCCAAGACACCAAAAUUGUUAUCAUCAUCCUUGAUGUUAUCUCUUUUAUCCUCCAGGCAGCAGAGAAGCUUUCAGAGAAGGAAAACCUGUGUCUUCUGAUAGAGGAAAUGGGUGGCAUUGAUAAAAUUGAGGCUUUGCAACUUCAUGAGAACCCUCAGGUUGCCCUGACUGCUUUGAACAUUAUCGAGAACCAUUUUUCUGAGGUAAGUGACUUCAGAGUGGAAAGGAGUGCCCACACCUCCUGGUGUGCUACCUUAGCAGGUGAUCAUUGGGCAGGUGCCCAUGCUUCUCCUGUGAGCUGGGCUUCUCUCUAUGACUUAGCUCUGAGUUUCUCCCCCAUCCAUGCUGACUGGGCCGCCUUUGAGUGGCAGCUUCCUGGCUCCUGGAGACCAUUCUAGUCCCAUAAAAGCUUGUCCUGCUACCUCUGGUUUAGAAUUUUUUUGUUUUUUUUGUCCCCCCCCCCCCCCGACUUCUUUUGAUGGGGAUGGACAGAUGGAUGGAUGGAUGGACAGGAUAUGAUGCUGAAGUGAUUAUUAUUUUCUUUUUUCUUUUCUUUUCUUUUUUUUUUUUUACCAAGAAACACAAACAACUAAGGCAGGCCCAGCUUUUGAAAAACAUUUUGGUACUUUUUUUUUUUUUAAAGAUUUUAUUUAUUUAUUUGACAGAGAGACACAGCGAGAGAGGGAACACAAGCAGGGGGAGCGGGAGAGGGAGAAGCAGGCUUCGAUGCAGGGCUCGAUCCCAGGACCCUGGGAUCAUGACCUGAGCUGAAGGCAGAUGCUUAAUGACUGAGCCACCCAGGCGCCCCAACAUUUUGGUACUUAACACAUUUUGUCUCUUCCCAGAAGAUGGGGUUUGGGAUAAACUGUACACAGGGCUUUUAACUUCUCUGUGGGAGCAGGGAAUAGUGAUCAGACAGCAUUAGACACUUCUUUAAACCAUUUUUUAUUAUAAUGUGUAACAUAAAAGUUUACCGUUUUAACCACUUUUGAGUGUACAGCUCAGGGUCCUCAAGUACCUUCACAUUGCUAUGUAGCCAUCACCAGCAUCCUCUCUAGAACUUUCCCAUCUUUGCAAAAUGAAGCUCUGUCCCCAUUAAACAUUAACUCCCCAUCCUUCUUCCCUACACCGCCCCCAACCCUGGCAACCACCAUUUAGCUUUUCAUCUCUGUGAAUUUGACUACUCUAAGUACCUCAUAUAAGUAGAAUCCUACAGUAUUUUUUCUUUUAUGACUGGUUCAUUUUACUCAGCAUAAUGCCCACAAGGUUCAUCCAUGUUGCAGCAGGUGCCAGAAUUUCCUUUAUAUUUUAGGUUGAGUAAUAUUCCACUGUGUGGAUAGAUGUUUUGUUUAUCCAUUAAUCAUAGAUAUUCACUUGGACUGUUCUUUUGACUCUUGUGAAUAAUGUUGCUAUGAAAAUGGAAGUACAAAUAUCUGUUCAAAUUCCUGCUUUCGGUUCUUCUGAGUGUAUAUACAGAAGUGGAAUUGUUGGGUCAUACAGUAGUUCUAUUUUUAAUUUUUGAGGAACCACUAUACUGUUAUCCAUAGUGAAUGCGCCAUUUUACAUUCUCACCAGCAAUGCAUGAGGGUUCCCAUUUUUCAACAUCCUUGCCAAUACUUGUCUGUUUUUUUGAUCACAGCCAUGCUAAUGGGUGUGAAGUGGUAUCUCAUUGUGGUUUUGUGUGGCAUUUGCAUUAGGUAUUUUUCAUAGGAAGAAGGUGAGCUCAAAGUUCUUAAGUGGCCAGGAGGCUAGGGGUUUAUAGAGUGAGUGACACCCCAUUAGGCAUCAAACUUGAAUCAGCAAAAUGCAGAGCCGUACAAUAAAUAUGACCAGGUUGGUGGUGUCUUGCUACCUGAGGGUAGCCAAUACUGGUUUGGGACCAAGAGGAUGCUCUCAAAGCAGAGAGGACCCAGAACAGCAAUCAGCAUCUUCUGGGUUAAGGCUCCUACGAACACCUUGUAAUUUAGGAAACCCAUCUCUUAAAGGAGGUUCAGAGCUCUAGGACUCAUCCAAGGGCUCCAGGCUAAAGACUUCUGAUUUGGAAGUAACAGCUACAUAUGCUGUGUCCUUACUCACCGUAAGGGCACUGUUCUGUGCAUCAAAACUGCACUUAAAAAUAAGCUAGACAUAAGAACACAAAUACUGUGUGCUUUCACUUACAUCAGGGACCUAGAAGAGUCAAAUUCAGACAUGCAGUAGAAUGGUGAGUGCCAGGAGCUGGGGGAGAGAAGGAAAUAGGGAGCUAAUGUUUAGUAGGUACAGAGCUUCAGUUUGAAAUGACAAAGUUCUACAGAUGGAUGGUAGUGGUUGCACAGAAAUGUGAACAUAAUGCCUCUGAGCAAAUGGUUAAAAAUGGCAAAUUUUAUGGUAUGUAUGUUUUACCACACACACAAACUGCAUUUAAGAUCCAGCCUGAGAAAUAUUUCCGUGCUCCUCUUCUCUGGGGGAGACUUGAGGCUGAUUUUAGAGCAAAUUGCUAAUCCACAGAAGAUGUUAAGGAGUCAGCUGUGCGGCAAUAAUGUGCUGAGAGCCUCCAGGUAAAAUAGUGUCUCUUCUUCCCUGAAGGGAGAAGAAAGUGGCACAGUAUUACCAGCCCUGGACCAAGAUCAUGAAUUCUUAAACCGCUUAACAAAGCAAUACCAAGGCCCCACGACUCCUAAACCAAGGAGCAAACCCUAAUGGGUAACUUCUUUAAGAACCUUCUAUGUCUUGGCAUGGCACAGGUGUAAAGCUUUUUAAACUAAAUGUUAAUAAAAUUUUCGACACCUUCACCUCCAUCUAUCAAAAAUGCCGUUAAGCUGCUUAUGUCUUGAAGUCCUGUGGAAGUCAUCUCCUAAGAAUGUAUGGUUUAGUGGUUACCUUUAAGUAUCUUGAAGACCCUGAGAACAGAGUAGAAUGGUCUAUAGCUAUCUAGACAAAUUUUGACUUGUAGACUUGGUUUAACCAGCAAUUCUUACAGUUCUUUCCCCUUCCCUUUUCAUUGUCAUGGAAUGCCUGUUAAUAGAGAACAUUCUUCAGGGAAAGCUGUGUGGACGAUAGUUAAAAGGAGAGUGAGAGUAGGAUGGGAAGGACCUAGGAACACGAUACUAGGCAGCGUUGUGAUGGAUGUGGGAUACACUUUAAGGAGGACUGGACUUGAUUUGUAUUAAUUUGAGUGUAGAGGUGGAUCAAGUUCUACUGGGCUCUAAAGCAUCACACCAAAAGGUCAUGCCCAAAGCAGGUCUUCGCUGGUCCUUGACAAGUGAGGAGGAAAACUGUGUGGGAGUCCAUCUAAAAUACUGCUGGAAGACCAUUCACGUUCUCACAAACAUCUCAUUGAGUGGUGAGAACAAAUCUGCGAUUUAGUGGACACUAGAUAUUACAAUAAGUAUCCUCAUCAACUUCUGGAGUGACCAUGCUCGCUGCUGAGAGCUGUGUUGGUGGGAUGGGAUCCUCAGUGUUUUGCUCUCCACAUGGAAAUCCUUUUCAACUCCCUCUUUCAUUCAUCAGCUCAGGACAUCCUAGCUUGGUACAUCCCUGACCAAGCAGAAUCCCACUCAACAAGGACUUUGCAUCUUAGACCCAGGGACUGAGUGCAGAAGAAACAAAUAAUUGGCAAGUGUUCAUUUACUCCAGCAACAGGACCUUACACUCAGUGGAGUAGACCUGAGAAGGUUACCUGCCUUUGCUUCUCCAAGGCUUCCCUUUGGUCCUGUCUGCUCCCCCAUACUCAUUUUUUAAAAUAUUUUAUUUAUCCACUUACUUAUUAGAGAGCACGAGCAUGAGUGCAGCAGGAGGAGCAGAGGCAGAGGGACAAGCAGACUCUGCACUCAGCAGAGCCUGAUGUAGGGCUCAAUCCCAUGACCCUGAGAUCACAACACGAAUGAAAAUCCAAAGCUGGUCACUCAACUGACUGAGCCACCCAGGUGCCCCUGCUCUCCCAUAUUCUUACAACAGAUUCUCUUUUUUAAGUAGCCAGAAUUAGUUUCUGUUGCUUGCAACUGAAGAAUCUUAACUGACACACAUGGGGUGGAAAAAGUAAACUGUAACUAGUUAUUUAAAUCCAAAAGAUCUAUUAAAUCCCAUUUUGUCAAGAUAGACAUUGUAUCAAGUUUGAACUUUAAAAACACAAGUAACAUAUAUAACAAAUUGUAUAUAUUGCUAUAUAGUAUAUAUAAUUAUUAUAUAUUCUAUAUAAAUGUUUUUUAAAAUUAAAAACAAAACUAAGAAUGGAAAAAAAAUGAUCCUACCACUUCAACACAACUAUUCUGGAUUGAUUAUUUUUAAGUAAUCUCAAUGCCCAAUGUGGAGUUUGAACUCAUGACCCUGAGAUCAAGAGUCACAUGUCCUACAGACUGAGCCAGCCAGGUGUUCCCAUCAACACAACUGUUUUUAUGUUUGUGUUUUCCCUUCCAGUUUGAGUCCACAUAUACCUUUUUUUUCUUUUAUCUUUUUCCACAUUUUAAAAUGCCACCUUUCCCCCCCAUGGCUUAGGUGCAAAGAGGUGGUGUUGGUCACCUUCUGGCUGGGUGCCCAUGUGCUUGGAUGCAGUGUGUUGGGAUGACUGACAGAGCAACAGAAAGAAGGAAGGAGUAACUGUCCCUAGGUCAGCUUUAUGAUGUAAAGGCUGAAUUGGAACAACUGACUCUCUUGCAUUUACCCCAAGUUUGUCAUGUACCAUGGAAGAAAUGCAAUUCUCCCGUCUACCCUACAAUCCAUAAUUUACCUGCUCUCUGUUUUCCUGAAACAUGGAGUGACCAUGUUUAAUGAUAAUAGCACAUGAUAUUUUAGGCAUAGUAGCAAAAAUAACCAGACGUGGAGUUGUGGGUUGUGGGUUCUGGUCCCGGCUCUUUUUCUAAAUAGUUGAAGCCUGGACAAGUCCUAUAAUUUCUCUGUUCCUUAAUGCUUCAUCUGUCAAUUCUCAUUUCUUUGGGCUUUCAGUUUUUACCUGCAAAAUAGGGAGGUUGUGUUUGGUAAAUUACUAGUUGUAUAAUGUUUUCAUAUAUUAUGUGCAACUCAUAACCUUGAAAAGUUAAGUGUGGCAAAAAUGGUCAUCAGUCUCCAAUGAAAGAAAGUGGAGCGUAGAAGGUUACUCAAUAUGUCCUGCAUCUUUUAGUAAGUGGUAGAGCAGAGACUCAGGUACAAACCCUGAUGUAUUACCUGCUAUAUAACAAAUUUCCCUAAAACUUAACAGCUUAAAAAAAAACCCUAUUAAUGCACACAUUUUUUGUGGGUCAAGGAUCUGGAGACCGCUUGGCUGGUGGGUCUGGUUCAAAGUCUUAUGAGAUUACAUUCAAGCUUCUGCUAGAACUGCAUUUUCAUCUGAAGGCUUAACUGGGGGAAGAUGUGCCUCAAAAUUCACUUACAUGGUAGGUGGUAGGUUUCAGUUUGUCUAUGGCUGUUGGCUGGAGACUUCAGUUCUCCAUCACAUGGGUCUCUCCAUAGACUACCUGAAUCUCCUGACUAUAGGAGGGCUAGCUUCUCUCAGAGCAAAUGAUCUAAGAGUGUGUACAUGGGAAAGAAAGAGUGCUAAAGACAGAAGCCACAGUCCUUUAUAAUCUAAUCUCAGAAGUUAAUAUACUAUCAUAUCCACCAUAUGCUAUUAGUUACACAGACUAACCCUGAUAGAAUGUGGGAGGGGCUACACAAGAAUAUGAAGACUAGGAAACAGGGAUCAUUGGGAGCCACCUUGGAGGCUGACUACCCCGCUCUGCCACUCUACCAUGUGUUCACAUUUUAAAAGACAUCAUUCAGAUGAGAGCCUAGGGUCAGCAAAGAAAAAGAAGAGUUGAAGAACCAAAUGGAAAUUUUAAAACUAAAAAAUAUAAUAAUGGAAAUUAAUACUAGAUGGGCUCAACAGCAGAAUGGAGCAGACAGGAAAGAAUUAAUGAACUUGAAGAUAGACCAAUAGAAGCAAUUAAACCUCUAGAUCCAACUACCAACCUACAGGAAAUACAGAAGACAGAGAAAAUGUUAAACUACACCUCAGAGAUGCAAUCAGCAAAAUCCAAACCCUAAGAAACUCUGCAAGACUAUUCUGUUUCCUCAUUGAAUAAAUUCUGUGAAAAAAAUUGCACAUGAGGGAAACUUAGAGACUUAACCAGCCAGAAUGUGUGGAUUAUUAGUUCUAUCCUGAUUGUAACAAACAAAUGUAAAAUAAAUAAAACACAUGACAUUUAUGAGACAACUAGAAGUUUGAACAUUGUAUGGAGGUUUGAUAUUAAAGAAGUUAAUUUUUUAAGGUUGAAUAAUCAUGUUAAGGUUAUGUUCAUUAAAAAGUCCUUUCAGCAGUAUGUACUGGAUGAUUUCAGAUGGAAUGAUGUUUGAAAUUUGUUUCAAAGUAAUAUGGGAUAAGGGAAGUGGAAGAGGGAGAGAUACAUAGGGUAGAACCUGCACUGUGAUAAUGGCUGGUGGAUCUGGUGAUGGGACCAUGGGGAGCGGGUAUUACACCUUUCUGGAUUUUUUUUCCUGUGAACAUAGGAAUUUCCAAUAAUUAAAAAAAAAUUUUUUAAAGCCAUUAUAUCCUUUUACUCCACAAAGCUGAUUAUCUGACCCUUCCCUCCCCUGAUAGUAAACUGGAAGUUUGUUUCCUCAAUUGGGUAAAAAAGUCUCUGUACUAGAAUACACUGGGCAAGGUUAAAAGCAGAUUCAUGCUGAGGGGGGAUUAAGUAAAUUGCUUGGGAAUGGUGAGCCCCCACUUACCUCACACCGUACUGGGUAAAUGGAAUGCUACCAGACAGGUGUAUAUCUUCUACACAGGAGCCUAGAAGAUCUUUCUGUGGGAAAUAUGACCUUCCCAAGAGGAAAGACCUAAAGACACUGAAAUUGUGAGUUCCACAAGGAAACAACCCAUCUAGAUUACCCCAAGGUGCCCACUUCUGAUCAGCUUUUUAGUACCUCACUUAAAUAAAUAGAUUAAGAACCACCAGACAUUUGAGGAAGACUUCUGACAUAAUAGAGACAAAAACAAAUAGUGCUAGUAGGGGAUUUGAAAGAAAAGCCAAGCAAAGGAAAGAGAAUUAAACAAAAAACAAUACUAGCAUACUCAAGAGAUAAGAUAUUGCUUCCAUGAAGCAAAAAUAAGAUGCUAUUUUUAAAAGUCCAAGAUCAAAAAGGACUUUUGGAAAUUAAAAAUGAUAGUAGAAAUGAACAAUUCAACAGGGUUGGAUGAUGAAGUUGAGGAAAUCUCCCAUACAGUAGAGCAAGAUGACAAAGAUAAAAAUAUAGAAAAGAUGAGGUUAUAUAAAUCUGGAAGUCUAGGAGAUCCAAAAUCUGAAUAGAGGCAUUCCAGAAGUAGAGAAUGAAAAAAAAAAAAAAAAAGGAUAGAAAAUUAUCAGAGAAAUAAUUCGAGUAUUUUCCAAAGCAGAAGUAGACAUUUCCGAAUUUAAAGGUUCCAGUGAGUAGCCCAGAAAAAUGGAUUAAAAUUAACCUUUGCCAAAGCACAUCAUUGUAAAAUUUCAAAACUCUGGGAAAAGAAAAGAUCUUACAAAUUUCCAGAGAGUAAAAAGAAGUCAUGUACAAAAGGUCAAGAAUCAGAAUGCAUUUUUUCUCACCCACCUAGUUAAAUCUUUUAUCACUCUGUAGGGCACCCAGUUAGCUAAUCUAUUCAUGGGAGAAUCCUAAUGGGAACACAUAGAUGUGUAUAUAUAAGAAAUCUGAACCAUUUGUCCAGAAAAAAUAACCUAGGCUCCCAUUCUUAAGUAUGCAUGAUCAGGCACAAGAAGAAAACCAACCUGAUAAAAGAGAAAGGCCAAGGUGAAUGAAACAACUGUCCCCAGGAGAAACAGACAUAACUCAGAGAAACUAGGGAAAUUACUCUCUAUAUUUUCAACAGAUUUGAGAAGAUAGGGACUGCAGGCAUUAAAAAAGAAGAUGCUAUGAAACAGGAACCAUCUCAGAGAUUAAAUAAAUAUCAGGACAAAAUUCAAGGGAAGGGUUUGAAGAUAAACAGAAGAAAAGAUUUCAGACUAUAGAAAGGAACAGAGAUGAAAAAGUUGGGAGAAAAAUGAGAGAGGAUCAAUUUGGGAGGCCCCCCAUCUGAAUAACUGGAGUUCCAAAAAAAAAAAAAAAAGCAAAAAAUUGAGAAAACACAGGGAAAGAUAUUAUCAAAGAAAUCAUAAAAGAAAAUUUAUCAGAAUUGAAGGAAUCUCUAGGUUGAAGGAAUCUCUAAGUUGAAGACUCACUUGGAAUGCAAAGCUGAAUAAAUAGAAAAAGAUGAAUAUCUACAUUCAAUGUUGUAAAAUUUCAGAUGACCAAGAAUAAAUAGAAGAUCCAAAAAAUUUCCAGAGAGAAACAAUGUUAUGUACAAAAGAAUGAGAUUAACAUCAGAUUUCUCUCUGGGGGCACUGAAUGGUAGACUAUAAUGGGACAAAACCCAGAAAGUUUUUUUUUUUUUUUUUUACGAUUUUAUUUAUUUGAGAGAGCAAGAGCUGGGAGAAGCAGGAUCCCUGCUAAGCAGGGACCCCAAUGUGGGGCUCGAUCCCAGAACCCUGGGAUCAUGACCUGAGCCAAAGGCAAAUGCUUAACUGAUUGAGCCACCCUGGCACCCCAAAGCCUUGAAAGUUCUGAGGGAAAAUUACAACUGAGAAUUCUAUAGUCAUAUAAAGUACAAUGGUAUUUUCAGAUAUAAACUCAGGAGGGUUACCUUUCAAAUACAUUCUAAGUAAGCUACUUGAGAAUGUACACCAUCAAAAAAGGGUGGAAACAAUCUUACCCACACCCCCCAUCAUCACCAAAAAGAAAAACAUAAUAUACAAGAAAUAGUGGAAUCAACUCAGAAGUCCAUUGAAAUGCAAUCCCAGGAUAACAGUUGUACAGUGAAGCUGGAAAGCUGUUUGCUCCUUAUUAGAACAGAAAGGCAGCUCCAGAUAGAAUGUUUUCAAUGAGAGAAAUGAAAUAGACCAAAGUAACAGAAUGACUAAGAAGCCAGAUUAUGUUAAUGACUUGAUGAAGAAAACAUAAAUCUCUUCCAUCAAUAAGAAGAAAGUGAGGCAACUAGAAAUAACAGGUAAAAAAUUAUGUAAGAAACUCAUGACCAAACAGGAAGCAAACCAAAAUGUGGUGUGAUUUUAAUUUUGAUCCUGCAACAAUCAACUCAUGGAACCAGCAGACAAAACAGGGAAGUCAACUCUGCUUGCAGAAGAGAAUGUGAAUGUUGUCAUCCUUGACAUUGUCAGGGUUCAGCUGAUAAAUAUGGAGGUGGGAGUAUAGAGGACAACUAUAAGAGAAGGUAAGGUAUUGAUAUCUUCAUCUAAUGUGGAGGGCAUCAUGAGUUAUGUGCUGAUGGAAGAGCAAACACUAGCUCAAAAAAAUUUUAAAGUACAAAUAGAAGAAGCAAAAAUACAAAGCAAGUACCAAAAUGGAGUCAGGAGGAGGGAAUUCCUUAUCUUCCAUAAUGGGGAGCCAGAUAAUGUCUUAAAUGAAGAAAUGCCAGUGUAUAUAUAUUAUUAUUUGUGAGAAUAUUAUAUAUCUGGUAAUAUAUGUAUAGAAAAAACAUUCUGGGAGACUAUUCACCAAGUUGAUAACCUCUGGCUAGAAGAGAGGGAGAGUCCCAAUUCUGUCAUUGGUAGUGUUUUAAUAAUAAUUAAAAAUAGAAAACCUCAAAGACAUUAGAAUUUUGUAAUCUCAUGGUGUAUUGCACGAAUGUGAAUUUGAGUCCUAAAUUCCUGAAGCAUAACUCCACACAAUGAAAGUCUGGUGAAUGACUUGGGAGUUACAGGUAAUAAAAAGGUGUUUUUCAGUGUGUGAGUUUCUCUUCUCUAAAGUAAACACCCUUUCACUCGGUUUGGGUGAAUCAUAAAUGGGAAAAGAUUCCAUAUCUCUGAUUUGCUUGUUUUUGAGAAAUGUGAUUGUUUAGAAAGCUUUUAAAGUGUUUUUUUUUUUUUUUCAGGGUCAGAGGGGGGAGUGGGAGAAUCAUAACACUUAACAAUUAUUAAAACUUAUGGGAACUUGUAUUACUUAUAAAGUUCUGGUUCCUACCUACACAUUCAGUUGAGUAAAUUUAUAAAGGAAAGUCUUCUCUGGAAGGCUGCAGGUUUAGAUACAAGCACCCCUAGAUUAAGAAUUAUUUAAAUGACACUUUUACAAAGGGUUUUCACAGAUAACAUCUUCCAUACCAGUAAUUCUUAUAAAAGUGGCAUGAUGUUGGUAUUAUAUCUAUUUUAUAGAAGAAGAAAUUGAAGCUCAGAGAUGUAAGGGAAUCACCCAUGAUCACAUAGCCAGCAAAUAGAGUAUUUAAGCUCACUCUGCUGAUGCCAAAUCCACUCCCAGUUGUAUCCCUAAUGGGAGGAUUGCUAGGGAAUUAAUUGUUCUGGGUUUACCCUGGUUCUUAUGUGCCUUGGGUUCUUAGUUCUGUGUGUAUUUUAAGGAAAGGAAACUCUGGUGAUUGUUAAAGAGUUUGUGACAUGUCUCUAGUCUUAAGGAAAGGGAGGGAAGGUAACGUCUGGGUCAUCAAGAUAUCGGGAUCCAAAGGAGGCUUGAAAGUGAUUUUUUUGAUGGGGGGGACCCUCCACCAUCACUGUUGGGA